CUCGUGACGCGCCUGCGUCAUCACCGCGAGCGCCGGCGGCGGCGGAGGGGGCAGAGACCCGGGUCAGGCCGGGGCCGCGCAGCGCUACCGGGAACCGGGGCCGCCGCGCUCCGCUCCGGUUCCCGGCUUCCUGCCGGGCCGAGCGGGGCCGAGCUGAGCUGAAGAGAGGCGGGCACCGGCGAUACAACCGGCGGGGCGAGCGCGGGGGCCGCACGCCGACCCCCGCCGCGGGGCUCCAGGGAUCCGGGAGCGGCGGGCGGCCGUCGGGGAUGUCCUACAAGCCCAUCGCUCCCGCCCCCGCUACCCCCGGAGCCGCCAGCGCCAGCCCCGCCCCGCCGGGGUCCGGGGCACCGUCCGCCGCCACGAGUGUCCCGUCGCCCUCCGGUUCCGUCCCUGGCGCCGCCGCCCCUUUCCGGCCGCUCUUCAAUGACUUCGGGCCGCCGUCCAUGGGCUACGUGCAGGCCAUGAAGCCCCCCGGGGCGCAGGGCUCGCAGAGCACCUACACCGACCUGCUCUCGGUCAUCGAGGAGAUGGGGAAGGAGAUCCGGCCCACCUACGCCGGCAGCAAGAGCGCUAUGGAGCGGCUGAAGCGGGGUGUCCCUGUGCUUCUCCCCGCAGGGAUCAUCCACGCCCGGGCGCUGGUCAGGGAGUGCCUGGCAGAGACAGAGCGAAACGCCCGCACGUAACGGCAGCUGCCACCCGGGACCCCCCGGGACCUCCCGGUGGUGGCGGCGGGGGCGGGGGGGCCGCCGUGCUGCCCGAGCCCCCCCUCCCCGCGCUCUCCGCUCUUUAUAAAUGCGUGUUUUUAUAAAUAAAGGACAAUGUUGGGA